AUGGCAGCAAGCACCUGUCCGGAGUAUGACACUAUUGUGAUUGGUGCAGGCAUGUCAGGUCUAGCAUGUGCAUCAAGACUGCUUGAAAGUGACCACUACAGUGGCGAGGAUAAGCUGCUUGUGUUGGAGGGACGUAACCGUAUCGGUGGUCGCAUCGGCGCCGUCCACGUGAACGGAAACCGACUGGACACUGGUGCUAAUUGGAUUCAUGGGAUUGGUACGGAUGAUGAUCCGAAUCCUCUGGUUGACAUAUUGCCGCACAAGAAAUAUCGUGGACUCUCCGGGAGCGUAGCGUUUCGCCGGACAGCCAAAAGUGCUCGUGGCCAAGCACCAUCACAUCCCAGUACGCCAGGCCCCGACGGCGAUUGGGUAAAGGUACGAAAUGGUGGCACGGAGUCCAUCGAGAGCCCUGGAGACGAGUCUGAGGAUCUCAUUGUACCAUCGGGGUUGUCUCGGGUACUGAGUGGAGCGCUGUGGCGAAUGAUUGGCGGUCUCCACGAAACAGCAAAUGAGACGCCACCAGCCAAAGCAAAGUCAACCACGAUGCUGAAGGCCGUCAUUGAUUCGACACACAGACGGGAUGCGUUCAAGCAUGUGCCAACGGAGUAUCAUAGCACGCUCAGCUGUAUGCCGGCCGGGCUCGAGGGAAUCGAGGCCGCUCCCUUAGUAGCACAGUCCGCAGAACACCUAGAGGAUCAGCCAGGCAUGAGCUUACUCGAGUACGCUCUUGAUGACUUCGAAGGGGACCAAGUCUUCCUGCAAGAUGGCUAUCUUGCCGUGAUCGACGAGAUAGCGAAGGAUUUGGUCGCAAGCAAUAUGAUCAAUUUAGGCACGCAUGUCAAGCAGAUAAGAUGGGAUAGCAAUCCUAUCGAGAUCAUUACAGACAGCGGGCAGUAUAGAGCAAAGCAAGUCGACAAAAAUUUGGCUAUAACAAAUCUUGGCUUCGGCACUCUUGACAAAAUAUUCAUGGUGUACAAUGAGCCUUGGUGGCUGAACGAUCCAUAUCUCGCUAUCUUCGAAAAAGGUCUGGUCGGAUCUGCCACCGUUGAGGCCAGACUCAACGACGAAGGAGAGAUCGAAGGCCUUGAUACAAUCACCGGCUUUACUGACGAGCUGACGGGCAUAGAAAUACAAGAAGAUGGCACAGUAGCAGCAGGACCACGGAUGCUUUUCAUCGUUAAUUUGCAUAAUCUCACUGGUUUCCCAGCCCUGCAGUGCUUCGUCUCAUGCGCCAACGCUGCACAUGUCGAAACACUUGGUGACAGAGACGCUGGUGGGAUCGUACACAGGGCGCUGAACAAGUGGCUGGGCGUGGAGCCACCGAAUCCAGACGCAGUUCAUGUGACACGCUGGGCACAAGACGAGUAUUCAAGAGGAAGCUACAGUCACAUGAUAACAGGAUUGUCGGAAGUGAAGCAUCGUGAGGCCUUCCAGGAGCCGAUCGUGAACAAGAACGGUGGUAUUCUGAGGUUUGCUGGCGAGCACACGAGUAGGAACCACUUUGCCACAGUACAUGGCGCACUUCUCAGUGGUUGGCGAGAAGCGAAUGACAUAUUGAGCAAAACCUGA